AUGUUCCAUGUGCUGGGAUAUAGUGUUCUGCUCCUGUUAUGGGUGUGCUGUGAUGCACAGAAUGAUGACUGUGGACCACCCCCUAGAAGAAAUAAUGAAGAGCUUGCCAACCUUUCAGACAAACAGACCUAUUCACACGGUGAAGUCGUUCUCUACAACUGCCGCCCUGGGUUCAUAAAACUUGGACGUAUUAGAGUGCGGUGUAACAAUGGAAACUGGGAAAAACUCCCGCCAAGUGUGGAAUGCAGAAAAAGGCCUUGUGGACAUCCUGGAGAUAUCGAGUUUGGUUCUUUUGAACUCGUUAAUGGAGAUGAAUUUGUCUUUGGCGCUCGUGUUGAGUACCAGUGUGAUCCAGGAUAUCAGAUGCUCAGCCAGACAAAUUACCGAGUUUGUCGAGCAGAUGGGUGGAGCAAUGAUGUCCCACACUGUGAAGUAAAGAAAUGUUUCCCAGUAAAGCCACCAGAAAAUGGGAGGAUUCUUAUGAGUGGAAUACAUGGGUUGGACCAAGAUUAUAUAUUUGGACAGGCAUUACGAUUUGAAUGCAAUCCAAAAUUCAAAAUGGUGGGAGCCAAACAAAUUGUUUGUGCAGAUGAGGGACAGUGGAAUCCAGAUGUACCAACAUGCAAAGAAAUAAUCUGCACAUCAGGAAAUAUAGCAAAUGGGUAUAUAACGUCGCUAAAGGAUGUUUAUAAAGAAGGUGAUCAAUUACAGUUUGACUGUCAUGAUGGAUAUAAACCUGUUGACAGAUCUGUUGCAGUAUGCAGUGAGAAUGGAUGGAAUACAAGGCUUGAGUGUACAGAAAUCGUAUGCUCACGUCCAGAAGUCAAUAAUGGCAGAGUCAAUCCUCACCAGCAACAGUACUCAUCUGAAGAAACAAUACAGAUAGAGUGUGAUCCUGGUUAUGAGCCUGAAAGACGGGAAGCAACUUCCAAAUGCACCAAGAAUGGCUGGCUACCACAACCAAAAUGUCUUUAUUAUUUGUACUGGCAGAGUGAUUGGCACAAUCGAGGUGCACAAACUGAUCAAAGUGGAGAGAGUGAGAAAAUACCUACCUGUAAAAGUGAUCCUCCAGCUAAUGGAUAUUUCACUGUCCGAAAGGUCCGGUUUGCUCUCAAUGAGAUAACAAGAUAUAGGUGUCAUAUUGGUUUCACGACUCGAGAAGGACAUGAAGAGGGAGAGUCACGGUGUCUUAGAGAAGGAUGGACACCGAAGCCAGAGUGUGUCCAGACAUGUCAAAAGCCAACUGACGGGAAUGUUAUCAUCAGCAUAACAAAACAGGUUUUUGUCUUGGAGGAAAACCUGCCUUACAAAUGUGCAGAUGGGUAUGAAACUAUCACAAAAGCCUUAAAAGACAGUUCAAAAUGCACGGUGAAUGGAUGGAGUCCAAAGCCUCAAUGUCUACCAAUACAAUGUGAAGUUCUCGACCUGGAUAAUGGGGAGGUUAAGCCAAGAAAGGACCAGUACCUGUACAGCGACAUAGUCCAAUUUAGCUGUCGCCCAGGACGCAUAAGAGUUGGUCCUAUUUCUGCCCAAUGUUAUCAUUUUGGGUGGUCUCCUCCACCUCCUAUCUGUAAAGCUGCAGGAAAAAUCAACUCUUGUCAGCCACCUAGCAACAUUACAGAUGGCAUAAUUAUCACUGCUGUUCAAGAAGAAUAUCAACAUGGUCAGCAGGUAGAAUAUGAGUGUAACCUCAAAUAUGCAAUGACUGGCUCAAAGAAGAUAGAGUGUGUUGAUGGGCAAUGGACAUCUUUGCCUUCUUGUACAGAAGAGAGAAGAACCUGUGGGCCGCCUCCUCGCAUUGACAAUGGACAUGCACUCAGCAGAGGCCGGAAAAAUUAUUUCCAUGGUAACACAGUGAGAUAUGAAUGUGCUGAAGGAUUUUCAGUUGUUGGGACAAACCCAGGCAAAUGUCUCCACGGACACUGGGACUUCCCUUCAUGUACUGAACUCUGCUCGCCUCCACCUCAGCCUCCAAAUGCUACUAAAAUAAUAGAGGUGAGAAACUUUGAAAAUGGAGAAAAGAUACGAUUUGCAUGUCAGGAAAAUUUCCUGCUUGAAGGACCACAAGAAAUAUUGUGUGAAGAUGGAAGAUGGGGAAAGCCCCCACGCUGUAUUGAUGCAAGCUGUGGAAACCCCCCUACAAUUGCCAAUGGUGCUUCAGUGAAUGGUACUCAAGGAAGAUUCUUGCGAUUCGCACACAACCAACAGCAUUUUCAGUUUCGGGCCCUCCCCUUCGGGCUGACUUCUGGCCCUCGGGUCUUCACGAAGGUGCUAGUGACUCUCGUGGCUCACCUGAGAGAGAAGAGGAUCCACUUAUUCCCCUAUCUCGAUGACAUCCUGAUACUCCAGAAGAGGGAUGUCCGUGUCAUCAUUCCAUAUCCAGUGAGGGUCAGCCUCAAAUGGUGGACAUUAGCAUCCAACCUUUCCAAGGGGCAGACUUACCUUCUGACCUUCACAACCCAAAUAUUUACAGAUGCCAGCCUGGAAGGCUGGGGAGCAACCUUUCGUCACCACAUGGCUCAGGGUCAUUGGAACCAGGCCGAGAAAAGGAUGCAUAUAAACAGGUUGGAGCUUCGAGCCAUUCGGAAGGCCCUGCUGGAGUUUCAGCCAUUGAUACAAAAUCAUCACCUCUUGUUGAGAAUGGACAACAUAUCAGCAAAGGCCCACAUCAACAAGGAAGGAGGGUCUCGCUCCUCCUCCCUACACGCAGAGGCAACGGCCAUCUUAAGCUGGGCAGAAAAACAUCUGGCCUCACUCAGAGUGGAGCACAUCAAGGGAGAGAUGAACACGCAAGCAGACUGGCUCAGCUGUCAACAAGUAGACGAAGCAGAGUGGGCAUUGAAGAGGGAGGUGUUCCUACAGAUAGUAGAAAGGUUCGGACUACCUCUCGUAGAUGUAUUCACCUCGCACAAGAACCAUCAGACACCAAGUAAGGGGAGUAAGAUGUCUAAUGCUGCUAUCAGCAAAUGCAUUCGUCAGUGCAUUCAAGUCUGCUAUCAAUACAGCAAAGUUCCAGUGCCGUUGGGCAUUACAGCGCAUUCAGUGCGCAAUGCAGCCUGCGGAGAGCCACCUACAAUUACCAAUGCUGAUAUUAUCAGUGGCCGAAGAGCAGUUUACAAGCCUGACCACCAUGUGCAGUAUCGAUGUCAUGCAGGGUUUGAAAUGUCUGGAUCAGAUAAUGUGACGUGUGGAAUUAAGGUGUGGUCAAAACCACCAACAUGUGAAGAUGUCACGUGUCCUCCCCCAACCGAGAUUGCCCAUGGUGAAAUUGUUGGUCAACCAAAGGAAAGGUAUAUGCCUUCUGAAAGAGUGCGUUAUCAGUGUGACCCAGGCUGGAAUCCUUCUGGACCAAUGGUAGUGACAUGCUUCAACAAGCAAUGGACAAAACUACCAAGAUGCAUAGAUCCUAAAGCAAACUGCGGUCCUCCUCCUGGUAUUCAAAAUGGAGACUUUCUUAACCCUGCUCAGGCCAGCUAUCCACCAGGCACAACUUUGCGAUAUCAGUGCCAAAACUUGUAUGUAAUGAAUGGAUCUUCUGAAGUACGUUGUGAAAAUGGUCACUGGACAGAAACUCCAACAUGCAUAGAGGCUUGUACAGUAAGUGAAGAAGAUAUGGCACGUAACAAUAUUUGGUUGAAGUGGAGAUCUGAUCCAAAAUUGUAUUCACAAUCUGGAGAUACAAUGGAGUUUAGGUGUAUAUGGAACCAUCGAGAGGCUCCAUUAUCCCCUCCCUUCAGAACACAAUGUAUACAAGGGAAUGUGGAAUAUCCAAGAUGUAUCCCUGGUUACUGA